GCGCUCUCUAUGACCCAAGCAACCGCCUAGAGCGUCUCACCCUGUAGUGGCCGCUCUGUCUCGGCUCUAUGGCGCAGCCGGAGGUGACGUCAGGACGUCGACGCACGCACAGCGGCGGCGGCGGCGGUAGCGGGCUGAGGCGGGAGCAGCGGUCGGAGGCUCCGGCGCCAUGUCCUCCACGUCGCAGAAGCACCGGGACUUCGUAGCGGAGCCGAUGGGGGAGAAGCCGGUGGGGAUGCUGGCGGGCAUCGGGGACGUGCUGGGCAAGAAGCUGGAGGAGAAGGGCUUCGAUAAGGCGUACGUGGUGCUGGGACAGUUCCUGGUGCUACGCAAGGACGAGGAGCUCUUCCGGGAAUGGCUGAAGGAAACGUGCGGAGCCAACGCCAAACAGUCCCGGGACUGCUCCGGCUGCCUCCGGGAGUGGUGCGAUGCCUUCCUCUGAGCCCCCCAACCUCAACCGGGGCACCCCAACACCCCCUCUACGGGGGCUCCCAUUCA